AUGGCUGAAGAUAGUACAACGGGAACGUUUGAGAACGUGUUUGAAGGCAGUCACAUGCAGUACGACGGACUGAACAAGCCUAAGAGACCAGAAGAUCAGGUGGAAAUAAACGAAGGGGUUGGAAAAGUGUGGGCUCGGUCGCAGACUAGAGUAUUUGAUGUUUUCUUUAACGAUAGUUCAAGCGCGACAGAACCCGAUAUUUUUGCUUAUGAGUCUAAAAAUAAGGUAACAGAUGAUGACAAAGAUGCAGAAGAUGAUAAUGACGGCGAUAAGAGCGGCCACGAGCCUACUCUAAUUAAUACUGGACAGGGCCGGUGUGUACAUUUACCCGCUGCUGGAAGCGGAUUUGUGAGCAAACGCUCGGGCGUAAAGCAAUUGAGAAAUUUAUCGUUGCCACUGGGCGGAGCACCAAGAGAAACUCCACCAAGCACCGGUGCUAGGAACGAGUUUGAUAGGAGGUAUUCGACCUCUUCUACUACCGAGAAUUCUUCUGAGACGGGGUAUGGGAUCUCAAAUUCGCUGCCUACGCCGCUGUCUACAGCUAACCAGGGCGACAAAUGGCCACCGCAGGUCGAGUCAGCGUUUUUGCUUGCUCUGAGAGCCAUUAUGAAGAAUGGAACUUCGAAAAUCAAGCUUCGAGAGAAGAACUAUGGCAGAAACGAGUUAAUUUCGCUGUAUAUUAAACACACAUGCGGUGAGUAUAGGACAAAGAAGCAGAUUUCGUCACAUAUCCAAGUGUGGAAGAAGUCAAUUCUGAAUAAGAUUUCCAACAACAUUGAGACGAACGACUUUGAGAAGGAGCUGCUAACUCUAAUUGAGCAGGGCGCUUCACAGACAGACGAGAGCUUACAGCUUUUCGAAGAUACAUUCAAUGAAAUUCUUGAUGCCGAGGAAUCUAAUACGGAAGUCACUCUGAGUAGCGGGCGUUCUACACCCGUGAUGACAUCAACGUUUUUGGCACAUUCGCCAACGGUAAACCCGACAGCCUCAUCGCACUCCAGCGUGCUUGGCUCUCUUGGUUUUAAAAAAGAACCAUCAACUCCGUUAGAGUAUGCACAGGAACUCUACAGCCAUUUGAAGUCUUACAAAUGUGUCCCGGUAAAUACCGAUGGUCCAAUGUACUCGCCGUCUACAUCUGUACCCAACGCCUCAAGAUCUGCGAUGUCCGCUUUAAGUUCUUCAGAAACUUCUAGGGAGGAUUCUCAAAACAAGAUUAUCGAGGCCGCGAAGGAGGUUGAGUCACAGCAGAGGAGACUGAUUGAAGAACUAUUUCAGCAAAAAAGCACAGUAAAGGCACCAUGCACAUCCCCGGGCACAGCAACUUCUUCGCACGUGCAAACGCCACAAGGAGCUACGUUCUCGUCUAAUGGUAAAGCAUUGAAUACCUACUACAACUCCCAGGCCCCACAACAGCGAUUUACGCAGUCUGCUACACAGAAUCCUCCUUAUUCUGGUUGGCUUCCGCGGGUUCCAACAAGUGGCUCGGCCAACUUUAAGCCUCAGAACCCCUAUGGGUUUCGUCAGCCGCAGACAGUCCAACAACGCCUACAACCCUCUCCGCUGAAUAAUCCUUACUUUCAGCAUAAGGACCCCCUACAGCAGCGUGAUCUGUCUAAAGCAGCACAGUGUAGAACACAGUACGUGCAGCAGCCGAUCCAAUCUCUACAGAACGCCUCGAAUACGUUAAGCGCCCAAAAUUCUCAGCACCUGCAUAUGAAUAUUCAUCAACAUGAUGCAGAACAGGAUGAGCUGCACGAAACGCAUCAAGGCCAGGGACAGGAAACAUGA